AAGCUGAGCUGGGAUCCUUUUCGGUAUGUAAAAUUGUAUGUUUUUUUUUGGCGAAUAAAGCAUUUUCUUUUCUUUCUAUAUUAAAAAAAAACAAAUGUCAAUAUAAAACAAUCUGUCAUGUUCAUUUUUAUUUCAUGUAAUUUUGACAGAAUUUGUCAGAAGUCGUGUCGGCGUUUCCCUUGCGUUUUCUCAAAGUUUCGCCGAUGUGAUUUCUCAACCAAAAAUAGAUAUAUUUAGAUCUAAAUUAAUGGAAACUCAUAGAAAAUUGCAAAACAAACUAUAAUAGGAUAUAUAAAUAAUGGCUGCUAUUCUAGGAGGUGGACUGGGUGGUCUUUCGACAGCAUACUAUCUCCUUCGAACCAAUGUUGCGAAAAGUAACAAUCUGAAGUUAUUUUUGUUGGAAGCCACAAAUUGCUGCGGUGGCUGGAUCAAGUCCAUUAAAACAAAAGAUUACAUCUUUGAGCAAGGUCCUCGGACAAUUAGGCCUAAAGGAAUUACCGGAGUUAACACCUUGAACAUGAUAGAAGAUUUAGGUCUUAGUGAGCACGUCGCACCGAUAACCGCAGAGCACCCGGCCGCCAAAAACCGCAUGAUCUACGUUAAUCAGAAUCUUUAUCAUCUGCCUUCUAGUUUCAAAGGAAUUUUUCAGAAAAAUCUGCCUUUUUCCAAGCCAUUGGUCUACGCACUGUUCUAUGAUAUCUCUCAGCCGCACAAACCACUGCAGGACGACUCCAUUUAUAAUUUUGCUGAGAGGAGAUUUGGGAAAGAAAUAGCGGACUAUGCUAUCGCUCCAAUGAUUUGUGGCAUUUGUGCAGGCGAUGCUAAGGAAAUAUCAGUAAAAUUCCUUAUGAAAACUUUGUUUGAAUGGGAACAAACUCACGGAGGUGUAGUAAAAGGUAUGAUGAAAUCUAUGUUUAGUCCCAAGUCGGGAGAUGAUAUAGAGUUUAGCAACUUGGCCAAAAGGGCACAGGAAGAAAAGUGGAAUGUGUACACAAUAAAAGGUGGACUGGAAACAUUCCCAGCCACAUUACAUGACCAUUUGAAACAAAACAAUGUUGAUAUAAACUUAAAUACUAAAAUAAAAGAGUUGCAGUUUGUAGACCACAAUACAGUAUUACUGAAGAAUUGUUCCAAUGAGCUGUUCACAGCCAGUCAUGUAUAUUCGACUAUACCUUCUCAUGCUCUCGCUAAAUUAGUGGAGAAACAGCAUCCAGAAUUAGCUCAAGAACUUUGUGACAUCCCUUUUGUUACAGUUGGAAUAGUCAAUUUGUAUUUUUCAACAGACACACCACUAGUGUCGCCAGCUUUUGGUUUCCUCGUGCCUCCGAUAGAGAACUCGCCUAUACUCGGAGUAGUAUUUGACUCCUUCUGUAUACCGGAUCAAAAAGGCACGGUUCUGACUGUGAUGUUAGGUGGGAAAUGGUUUAAAGAGAAGUUUGGAGAAGAUGUUACUGAGCAAAAAUUGUAUGAUGUUGCUAUACAUGAAAUAGGAACUAUCCUCAACAUCACACAAAAGCCUACAGUGCACCAUGUCAAUAUUUUACCCAAAUGCAUUCCGCAAUAUGUUAUCGGUCACUACGAGAGAGUAGAAAAGAUAAGAGAUUAUAUUCACAACAAUAAUUUGCCAAUGUCUUUAGUUGGCAGUAGUUAUGAUGGUGUCGGGAUAAAUGAUGUUAUUUAUUCAGCUAAGAAACAAGUUGAAGAAGACUGCACAUAGUGAUUUUCUAAGAAAAUUAUCUAUUCGGGCUAAUAGCUUUAACAUGGUGAAUGUCAGCCAUGCUGCAUUAGGUGUAAUAAUAUUUAUAAAAUGAAUUAUUUAUGUGCUGUAAAUGUAAAUAAUACUGAGCUGUUGAUGACUAUCAAAUUCUAAUAAGUCUGAAUUAUUGAUAUUAAAAAUUCUCCCAAGCUGUACAUUUUUAUAUUGUUUAUAUUUUUGUGAAUAAAAGGAUGAACAUUCA